UGAUCAUCUCACGUCACUCGUUUCUGUGUAUGGUCUUGUACUCAAGUAUGCACGCGAUUCUUUUCGGUCCAUUGCGAUAACCAUGUCUUCCCCGGUGAGCACGACAGACGACCCUUUUCGAGACCCUUUAUUAGCUCCGCAACCUCCGCAGGCUGCCCAGCCAGACCGCGACACAAACGGGAACGCGAACGAGCACAUCAAUGUGCCCGACACACUUGCUGUGGGCAGAGACGCGUCGCUCACACUAGCAACGGAUUCUCUGAUAGUACUUGAUGAAGAACUGCUAGGCACCAAAAGCGCGAAUUGCUGCGGUCUCUCUCCUGCUGGCAAGACUGACUAUACGCGCUCCAUACCCUUCUACAACAUCCUCUGGGCCGAGCACUCUAGCGAUGGCGAAGUCACGAUACAAUAUGCGCAGACGGCGUCAAAGAACGCCGUACGCCCCGCCAUCAUCAGCUACACACUGGACAAGCCAGACAGCCGGCUAGCAGAGGCGUGGAUCGAGAAGCUGCUGGACCGCGCAUAUGGCGCGUCUCAGCGGCGCAAGCGCAUCAAGGUGCUUAUCAACCCCUUUGGCGGCCAGGGCGGGGCCGUGAAGAUGUACCACAAGUCCAUUGCGCCCAUCCUGGCGGCAGCGAGAUGCGAGCUGGACGUGGAGAAGACGCAGCACCAGGGUCACGGCGUGGAGAUUGCACAGAAUCUGGAUGUGGACGCGUACGAUGUCGUGGCGUGCUGCUCGGGCGAUGGCAUACCGCAUGAAGUGUGGAACGGCUUGGGGAAGAGACGAGAUGCCGCGGGGGCAUUGCUCAAGGUCGCUGUCGUCCAACUACCCUGCGGCACAGGCAACGCUAUGAGCCUGAACUUCAACGGGACGAAUAGCCCGAGUCUGGCUGCUCUCGCCGUCGUCAAGGGGCUACGCACUCCCCUGGAUCUCACCUCGAUAACCCAGGGCGACCAACGCACUCUCUCCUUCCUCUCACAGGCAGUAGGAAUCGUCGCCGAAACAGAUCUUGCGACCGAGCACCUGCGAUGGAUGGGCGACCUGCGCUUCACAUGGGGCUUCCUUGUGCGCCUCCUCACCAAGACCAUUUACCCCGCCGACAUCGCCGUGAAAGUCGAGUGCGGCGACAAAACCGCCGUCCGAGAAGCCUACCGCGCAGAGUCCUCCAAGGCCCCCCGCGGCCACGACGACCGCCCCCUCCCUGCCCCCGACGCCGGCCUACCAGCCCUAAAAUACGGCACCAUCAACGACCCGCUCCCACAAUCCUGGGAACUAAUCCCACACGACCACCUCGGCAACUUCUACGCCGGAAACCUCGCCUACAUGUCCGCCGACACAAACUUCUUCCCCGCUUCCCUGCCCGCGGAUGGCUGUCUCGACCUCGUCCGCAUCAGAGGCGAUAUCCCCCGCUCCACCGCCAUCAAGACACUCAUGGCUGUUGAACAACACACCUUUUUCGAUAUGGAUCAUGUCGACUACCAGAAAGUGAGCGCGUAUCGCAUCAUCCCCAAACAGCGAGAGGAGGGGUAUAUCAGUAUCGAUGGGGAGAAAAUCCCCUUCGAGGGGUUCCAGGCUGAGGUACAUAGAGGGUUGGGCACAGUGUUGAGUCGCAGCGGCAGGCUGUGCGAGGCAAGAGGUGUGUAAGUGUGUCUAAUCGUACAGGUAAAGAUAUGGAGAUGGUGUCAGGUAUAGAGGCGGAAGGUUCUAAUCGGGACGCGCGUGAAAUACCCUGGAGCAUGCAUGGUGUACUGUAGGAUUCAGUUUGGUAUACCAUUUUCUUUCCUCAUACCAAUUCGCCUUGUCUUAUGGGGAGUCGUACAGUUUGCUUGCUCAAUUUCACAUUUCACAUUCUAGACUACGCUCAACACUCUCAAUUUCUCUUCCGACUGACCUAUCCCAACAACCCUCAUAAUAGUUAUUACCAUCCACGUCCAACACUCCAUAUCCACAUCCUACCCUAUGAGUCACCCCCCUCCCCCAGGCCCAAAAAAAGCUUUCUCCCGCCGCCCCAUCAGACCCACCCUCUAUUCAAACUUCCCUUCCAUUCCCUCUGGCAAAUCUCACAGUCUAUCAUCGUCGCCGCCCUCGA